GAGCUCGGCGGGAAGAUGGCGGCGGUGAAGGUGAAGCAGGACCUGCCGCCCGCCGGCGGUUGGCCGGUGGAUUACAAGCGGCACAUCCCCCGCAGGGGCCCGUCAGGUUACAGCAUGUUUGGGAUUGGAGUUGGGAUUUUACUCUUUGGCUACUGGAGGCUCUUCAAGUGGAACAGAGAACGACGACGCCUCCAAAUAGAAGACCUGGAAGCCCGCGUAGCAAUCCUGCCGUUGCUGCAUGCUGAACAAGAUAGGAGGUUUCUACGUUUAUUACGGGAGAACCUCGAGGAGGAGGCAAAAAUUAUGAAGGACGUUCCAGGCUGGAAGGUUGGUGAGAGUGUUUACCACUCCAAUCGCUGGUUCAGGCCCCCAGUGGAGGAAUUGUUUAACCUUCGGCCUCAGGAAGAGUACCUCCGUGAGAAGUACGGGUUCCAGUGGUAUGUGUGAGCACAGUGCAAAGCUGGCUGGACUUUAACGGGGAGAAAAGAGAAAAAAAAAUCAAUCUUUUGCCUGAAGAAGAUCCUCUCCAUAAAACCUCCGAGUGUGGUAUUGUUAAUAAAACUUGUGUAUAUUUGG